AGCAUUUGGGUAUUACUAUUGAAACAAACCUGUCUCUGCAGCAGCAGCAGCAGCAGCAGCAGCUCUCUCGAUCUUCACUGACAGUGACACCAUCAAAAUAUUACCUCUCAUUCCUCCCUUUCAAACCUUCUCCCACUCAAUUCCUCAUUUCAUAUAUGAAAUGCAAUCUUUCUUUUGAGCUAUUGGGGCGGCCGUCAUUUCAUCUCUUUGGUUUAGCUGCCUUGUUUCAUCUCUUUGGUUUAGUUGCCUUGGUCUGUUUCAAGUGCUGGGUUUUCUUUGGAAGCUUGAUAUAAUCCCUCUUUCCAGAAGACAAUGAGCAAUUCAAACAUCAUAGAUUUAUGCAGUGAUGAUGAAAUGGGUGAGUCAAAUAUGAAAAAAUGUACAAGGGAGAUUGAGCCUGGCUUUGAUUCUGCAUCUGCACCCUCAGUAUGCCCAACACCAAUUUCUCGGCAAUUUUGGAAAGCUGGACACUACGAAGAAAAGCAGGGACAGAGGUGCAAAGCCGCAAACCCAUAUGGAAAAAACCAUAUGCGCAUACACCCUAUGUUCCUUCACUCAAAUGCCACUUCACAUAAGUGGGCUUUUGGAGCCAUGGCAGAAUUGCUUGACAAUGCAGUCGACGAGAUACAAAAUGGAGCUACUUUUGUUAGCAUAGACAAGAUGUCUACCCCACGGUAUGGGACUCCAGCUUUGCUAAUUCGAGAUGAUGGUGGCGGAAUGGACCCCGACGCUAUAAGGCGCUGUAUGAGCUUUGGGUUUUCAGAUAAGAAAUCAAAGUUAACCAUUGGACAAUAUGGAAAUGGCUUCAAGACAAGCUCUAUGAGACUUGGAGCAGAUGUUAUUGUAUUCAGUCGCCACUUGAAAUCAAGGUCACAGACUCAAAGUGUUGGACUCCUUUCUUUUACAUUUUUGAGGCAGGUGGGCUACGACAAGAUAGUUGUACCAAUGGUGGAUUAUGAGUUUAACUCAUCAGCCAGAACAUUCAAUCCCAUAAUUCCACAUAAUGAAGACCAGUUUUCUUCUAACCUCACCAUGCUGUUACAGUGGUCUCCUUAUUCAACGGAAGAGGAGUUGCUGAAGCAAUUUGAUGAUAUAGGGGAUCAUGGAACAAAACUUGUCAUUUACAAUCUUUGGUUAAAUGAUGAUGGGGACAUGGAACUAGAUUUUGAUUCUCAUCCCAAGGAUAUUUGUAUUAAUGGUGACAAAGCACUUAGCAGAAUGAAAGCAAAUCAGCAUGUUGCAAACCUAUAUCAGCACUCUCUCCGUGCAUAUGCAUCAAUCCUGUAUAGGCAGCUACCAGAGUACUUCAGAAUAAUUUUGCGUGGACGAGAUGUUGAGCACCAUAAUAUUGCCAGUGAUCUCAAAUAUCUUCAGUUUAUCAAGUAUAUGCCACAAAUUCAUGGAAAUAUGGAGGUUGAAAUUAUUACCGCAAUAGGGUUUCUGAAGGAGGCUAAUACUCAUGGUUUCAAUAUCUACCAUCGGAAUCGUCUGAUACUGCCAUUUUGGCGUGUACUUAGAAUUGGGACAAACAGUACUGGAAGAGGAGUUGUCGGUGUCCUGGAACCAGAUUAUAUUCAGCCUACUCACAAUAAGCAAGAUUUUGAGAAAACUUCCCUCUUCCAAAAGCUUGAAGAUCGUUUAAAGCAAAUGACAGUAGAGUAUUGGAACAAGCAUUGCACACUGAUUGGUUAUCAGCAAGUUAAAAGAUGUCCAUCUGCAACAUCGCGUCAGCAGGAGCCACCUUAUUCCGCAACUCAGAAUUGUGCGGACCAACCUUCGUUACUGAAUGGUGGUUCUGAAUAUAAAAGUUCAAGAGCAGGUUUGAUCAAAAAGAGGAAGGAUCUUGUUGAUCCUCCAGUGAAACUACAACACGCCAAAAGGCACAAUGUAUUUUGUGGAACUGAUGAUGUCCAGUACAUUAGUGAACAGCCUGAAAAUAGCGUUGAGGACAUGAUGCAAGUUUCACAGAAGAUACUUCUGAUGCAGGAAAACAAAAAACUUCGGUUACGGCUGCUUUCAUUGGAUCAAACGGUGCAAGAACUUAAUUUGAAGGUGCAACAACUUAAGGAUGAACUAGAGAAUGUGCAAAAACAUGCAGGUGAACUAGAGAAUGAACUGACGCAGACGUUGCUUGAAUCAUACACAUUGAAUAAAUAUGAGCAGCACGUUUGCUAACUAGCUCUCUCUCCCUCUUGGGUCCCACUUCUCUUCUACUGCUUGAAUCUUUGUGAUGGGAAGCGAGGAUGAUGGAGGAUCAUUCCUCCCUCGUUCUUGGCUUUCAAUCUUCAGGAAAAUAAGACAAUAUUGGGGUGACAAACUAGUUGAGCUAGACAGAUCUCAACUGUAAUCCCUCAGGUGUCCAUGCGUUCACUCGCAUAAACGGGUGGGUGGCUGAGACGUUGAUCGAACGAAAGAUGAUCGUUCGUCAAAGGCCACAGUCGCCCAUGUGCUCGUGACAUACUAACACUGCUCAUUUGUUUAAUUACUGCAAAAAGGCUUUGCACUAAUCAUUUACAUUUCAAGUCUUGAUUGAAAACCCAUUAAUGCAGGUCAGUGGAGGGACUGUAGGGGCGGUGAUAACCCAGCUGUUACUGUACUCAGGCCCUAAAUUCUCCAAGCAGAGAGCAUUUCUC